GCAACAGUGACGGAAGCAGUGGAUCUUGUACUGCUGCGUUGAUAAAUGUGUGUCACAAUACGGUUGAUCGUUUAACUCGGCAGUCGGCUGUACACGAAGGACAAACAAUACACGCUGCUAUAAUUGUUGGUCGUUGUUUUACCGUCGGAUUAAUGCCUAUGGGCUACCGGCUUUAUUUUAUAAAUAGGUGACAUCACUUUCAAAUACAUAUUAAACAUAAUGACUAAUCAAGUAGAUCGAGUGGUUUUAAUAACAAAGUCUAAGACUCCCACGUCAACUGUACUUGUAGUCGAACGCCAAGCCGACAACAACAAUGAGCACAAUGAAAAAAACGAAUAUCUGGCUGGCGGAGAACACAGUGGCAUCGUGAUCAGCAAAAUUGGGAAAUACGAUGUUCAAGACGAAACACCUGAGGACACGUCGGUGCAGUUCUGCGUGUUUCUGGUUAAUGGUCAAACGGGAUUACACACCAAAGAAAGACGUACCAUACGAUUUUGGUGUAAUGGAGAUAGAACGGUGGAUGCCUCGGCAGUGGCGUCUCAAUUCUUUCAAGACUUAGUGUUACCAGAUCAAUUUCCUCUUGAUUAUGUUGGUUUCGUAAAAAGAUUACUGACUUUAAUGCACAAAGGCUACAAAUGUGUAUCGAAACUCGAAAUCGAAUUAAAGGAGCUGGAACGAACGGCAGUAAGACCUGUAAAUCAAGUUUCUGUCGAAGGCUCGAAAUUAAAUGUGGAUAUAUCACAGACUAAAUUACGUGAAUUGAUCGAAUCUUCAUAUCCUAACCCACUAACUAUUGACGAUAUUAACAAAAAACACGGAUGGAAGAACUCAGACAUAAAGGACAAUUUAGAAAAACUACAACAGUCUGGAAUCGUUAAGCCUGUCGACGGAGGCUACACCAGAGUCGUCCUCCACGACAAGAUUGUAGAACAAAUGCCUGUCAUUCAAUAUAAUCGGCAACCAACUGUUGCCAUUAUCACAGCGGAGUAUUGCGAAAAAGUAGCCGUUGAUAUUUUAAUCGAAAACAAAGAAACAUUUGUACGAUACACCACUGUUGGAGAAUCGAAUGUUUACACAAUAGGAAAAAUGGGAAACCACAGUGUAGUUUGUACCAAACUCCCCGCAUUGGGUUUAAGCAGAGAAGCCACAACGGCAGCUGGAAAUGCAAUUACUCGCUUAUUAGGAACAUUUCAAAAAGUCGAACAUGUCUUUGUAUGCGGUGCUGGUGGUGGUGUACCACAUUAUACAAAUUACGACAAGCAUGUAAAACUAGGAGACGUAGUCGUUUCUCAUUGUGGAAACAACCAAAAAGCCGUUUAUACAUACUGCAAAAAUGUCUCAAAUGAAAACGGAGACAUGAAAUUCCAUUGUCAUCAAUAUAGUCCAAAAAUAUUCGAUUUACAAAUAGCUGCGAUGAAAUUACAAACGGAAGUAAAAUCGAUCGACAAAAAACCAUUAUGGGAUAUAUACUUAAGCGAAGGUUUGAAUAAGAUUGAAAAACAAAAAACCGAUAGUGAAUCCGAUUUUAAUCGCCCGCCGGCAGAUUCAGAUAAACUUCAAAUGUACAUCGGAGGAACAGAACUAAUUGAAAUUACUCAUCCCGUUUGCAAUGAUAAGGACAAUAAUUUAGGCACAAGAAUACACGUAGGUCCCAUUGGUGGUGGUCUAAGUGCUAUAUCCAAUGCGUUUAUAAGACAAAAAUUUGCUGCCGAGUACAAGUUACUGGCUAUGGAUUCAGAAUUUGACUCCGUUAUGGGAUCACUAAUGGGAAACUAUUGUCAUUCUUAUGCUAUUGUCAGAGGAAUUUCUGAUUAUAAAGAUGGAUCAGUAAAAAACAAGUGGCAACCUUAUGCCUCUUUGGCUGCAGCAUCUGUUAUUAAAGCAAUAUUAUCAAUAACCAAUGUAUAAGCUAAAUAAAAUUGGUUAUAUUCUCAAAUAAUCAUAAAUAAGCUUAUUUUUGAAGACAUUCUAUUUUAAAAAUAUUUGUUUUAUUAUAUUGGUUUGUUGUUCCAAGUAAAAUAUAAUUUGUGAUUUAGAUAAUUCAAACUAUUUUUACAAAUCUGAAUACAUUAAGAAAGUCGGUUAUUCAUAUUAGUAUAAAAUAUUAUUUAUUAUUAUUUUAUUUUUAUAUAGUUAAAAUUGUAUAACUUAUAAUUUUAUUCACAUAGCCGUGCAUCAUGAUUUUGAAAUAUUUAUCAUAAACAUUAGUUUAAUUUAAGAUUUUCUUUUAUUAAAUGUUUAGUAUUUAACACUUUGUUCCUAUAUGUAUAUUUGAAAGUAUUUAACUAUUUAUAACACUGAACAUCAAAUCUAACUUUAUAUUUUCAUAUUUUAUUUGAAUAUAGAAUAUAUAAAAAUAUAUUAUAUAUAUUAUAUAAUAAAUAUUAGAAUAAAUUGUAAAACAAUAAAAAAUUGUAUGAUUUAAAUUUGGAUUUAGCAAUGCAAAAUAAAAUUUAAAAAAAUCAACAUUUAGACACUGAAUGUUUUUUACCGUUAUUUAUAAUUGUAUUUAUUUAUUAAAAAUACUAUAGAGUAUAGAUAGCUCAAUAGCUGGUUUUUCGGUGGCACAAAAUAUUUACUGCCGGUAUCUACAAGAUGAAAAACCACUCGGUGUGCAAUCUAUAGUAUUUAUAAUCAAAUCAAUGCUGUAAUGCAUAUUUAAGAAUUUUUGUAAAUGUUUAAAUUGUAAUACUUGUAAAAAAUGUUGAUCAUGAAUAUUUAUAUGUUACGAGUAUAUUUCAAUAAAAAAAAAUAGUUUA